CUUCCCCUCCACCACCUCGUCCCCUCCAACACACCCUCUACUAGCUCUUCCUCCCACCAAGCGCCGCUGUCCUUCUCAGGCAUCAUCUUUGCUGACCGCGCUGUGCGCUCGGUAGAGCUCCCCCCUCCGUCUCGCGCUAGCCGAGGCCUUGCCCGCUCCCGCACACCCUCACCGCACACCUUCUCCGACCUACCACCCACGGCCCUCCAGCGACUUCUCCUCGGCGUCGUUCCAGCGACUACAUGAGCGGAGUCGCCACGCAGCAAAGUACAAAUCUGGCCGGGAAUAAGAGACGCAGUCUCUCCGGUCAGGGCGGCUUGCUGAACAGGAUGUUCGGCAGCUCAGGCAGCGAGAACGGCAAGGACGGCCACGCCAAGGACAGCAUCGUUAAGGAAAGCGGAAACGGCAAUGGCAAGGAAGCCAGCCAGGAGACCAGCAAGGAUGUCCUUACCAUGGACGGCGCUGCCACCAUUGAACCCACCCAAAGCCCUAACAACAUCCCCGUCAUUGAUGAGAGCAAGGAAGAGAGCAGGGAUGCGGUGCCCCGCGACAUGCGAAGUCCCGUGCGCAAGACCGCCUCUCCCGAAGACACCACGGCCGCCGAAAAGAAGCGAAGAAGUAGCGGCGUGGGGAGGGCGCGCGAUCUCUUCAGCAGUGCUAAGCAAACCCUCCGCGAUCUGGGCGGCUCCCCCGACAGCCGUUCGGAAAAGGCCUCGCAGACGCCCAUGCAGAGGCUGGGCAUGAAAGACCCCGCGCUGAGCGUGCCGCAUGGCUCCCUCAACAACUCCGCCGGCGAAUCCGUCCCCGGCCCCCGCUCCACCUUCCGCGUCGGCGUCACCGAGGACAAGAACAAGAAGUGCAGACGCACCAUGGAAGAUACGCACGCCUAUCUCUACAACUUUUUGAGCACGCCCGCACCUCUCUUGGGAUCGGACGGUUCCCUGAAACCCCGCGCCUCUACCAACUCGUCGCGCGCAUCUGGAUCCAACCUCUCCCCCGUUGAUUCCAACACCUCCAUCGUGGAGACGGACAAUGGCUAUUUUGCCAUCUUCGACGGACACGCCGGCACCUUUGCCGCGGAAUGGUGUGGGAAGAAGGUGCACAUCCUGCUGGAGGACAUUAUCCGCAAGCACCCCAACACUCCCAUUCCCGAGCUGCUCGACAUGACCUUUACCUCUGUCGAUACACAGCUCGAGAAGCUUCCGCUCAAGAACAGCGGAUGUACGGCGGUGAUUGCCGUCCUGCGCUGGGAAGACCGAAUACCGAGCACUCAGUCGGCAACGGGGUCCACGGCACUUGCGCCUGCCGCCGCGGAGGCUGCAAAGGCCCAGUCGAAGAACGGGUCGCAAAGCCACGAAGAGGCUGCCAAGUCGCCCGAGGCCAUCACUGCAGAGAGCAAGCUGAGGGCCAAGGCUACGAGGGAGCGCGUGUUGUACACGGCGAAUGUCGGCGACGCUCGCAUCAUUCUUUGCCGCAAUGGCAAGGCUCUCCGCUUGUCCUACGACCACAAGGGCAGUGAUGAAAACGAAGGCAAGCGUAUCGCGGGCGCCGGAGGCUUGAUUCUGAACAAUCGCGUGAACGGAGUGCUAGCGGUCACGCGCGCGCUGGGUGAUGCCUAUAUGAAGGAUUUGGUCACUGGACAUCCCUACACGACGGAAACUGUGAUCCAGCCGGAUCUUGACGAGUUUUUGAUUCUGGCUUGUGAUGGCGUAGGUCUCUGGGACGUCUGCUCAGAUCAGGAGGCGGUGGACCUCGUGCGCAACCAGCAAGAUCCCCAAAUUGCUUCCAAGAUGCUCGUCGAUCACGCCUUAGCUCGCUUCUCCACCGACAAUCUGUCGUGCAUGAUUGUGCGCUUCGACAACAAAGCGCUGCAGGAGAAUGUGGAAAAGAAGGCUGCUCCGAUCGGGGUGGAGGGAGACCCGGGCACAGUGGAAGGCGGGCUUAGUGAGGCCGACAAGAUUGUGCGGGAGAGCAGGCGAAAGCUGGAGGAGAGUGGGAUUCCGGAAAGCCAGAUUGCCAAGGCUCCCGAUGAAAUCAUUGCAUCGGAGAAGGACACGGAGCCAGGCCCUGAGCUGAAUGCGCAGGCGCUGAGGGAGGAGGCACUGAAGGAGAUGGUCAGACAGAAGGCGGCGCAGGAAGGCAAGGCGAAUAGCUAGCGCUAGAGGGGCUUGUUGGCAUGAAUGACGGAUGCGGUGAGAGGAGGGGUGAUUUGAGCGAUGUGCGAGGCCUGUUGCUCCCUCAGCUAUGGGGCCGGUGUUUACGAUGAUGUGCGUUGCAUUUCGUUGAGUCCAUGCUGGGCAUUUCUUAAAAUGUCUGGACGUCACGGUGACAUUGAGAUACGGCCCGGAUUGAGCAGCUGCAUCUCCUUUUCC